GUCCCUACGUGGACAAUUUGCGCGACGCUCCCUUACUCUGGGUGCCACGGUGUGAUGUGUGGGAACUUAGGACUACAUUUCCCAUGUGGCACCGAAUUUGACCCGGAAGUGCAAAUUAUGCUCCCGCGACAGGACGGUCGUCCGUGAAAACAUACAGAAACACAUCUCACGCACACACACACGCUCGUGUGUUUCUCUGGCUGGUGUAUCUGUCUUCUUGCCUCAGCGGGAGUCAUUUUUCAGAAACGCGGUUUCUUUAGGCCCCAGAACGAAUUCCUGAGCUUCGAGAGGAGGAAGAGUGACGCUAGGGGUCAGAAGGCAGAGGUUAGAGGGCCGAAUUGGCGGGAGAAUAGGUUUGUGGUCCAAGAUCAGAGAUUGCAGAGGCUCCUUAAAGUUCAUGGUUCCGGUGAGAUGCGCUGAAGUUCGUUGAUGAAGAGGGGAGUGGCCGAUAGGUUAUCUCUGAGAUGUAGAAGAUGAUGAAAAUGACAGAAAUCUGUAUCCUGAAAGAGCUCACUGCUUAGUGAGGAGGCACACAGGGGAGGCCAUUACAAAAACAGGACAAGAGCAUUUGUAAAGGAGUAUUGUGGAGAUUCUUACUCUUCUGAAAACUGACAGAACCAAAAGAUAGGCAGUACCAAAGUGGAGACAGAAGAAAUCUUGGGAGAAAGCAUUUUUGCCUCCUACUGGGACAAUUGCUGGGUCCACCAUGGCUCCUGUGAAGAUCAGCCAUGUGGUAUCAUUUUCCUCUCAGGAUCCCAAGUAUCCUGUGGAGAACUUGCUGAACCCAGACACUCAAAAGGGACCAUGGCUCAGCUGCCCUCAGGACAAGAGUGGGCAACUGAAAGUGGAACUACAGCUGGAGAGGGCAGUGCCCAUUGGCUACAUCGAUGUGGGUAACUGUGGCUGUGCUUUCCUGCAAAUCGAUGUGGGCCGUUCUUCCUGGUCUCUGGACAGACCUUUCGUCACCCUGCUCCCUGCCACCAUGCUGAUGUCCCUAACUGAUUCAAAGCAGGGGAAGAACAGCUCAGGGGUCCGCAUGUUUAAACAUGAUGAUUUCCUGGCUCCGGCCUCAGGAGAGUCUUGGGAUCGGCUUCGCCUGACCUGCUCCCAGCCCUUCACCCGGCAGCAGUCCUUCGGGCUGGCUUUCCUGCGGGUGCGUUCCUCCCUGGACUCCUCGGAUGACCCUGCGAUGGAUCCCACGGCCCCUGUCCGCCCUGGGCUGAGUCAGGUCUCUUCUGAUGACCCAGCAGCUGGUGCCAGCCCCUGGCUGGCUAAUCCUUCCAUCCGGAGGACGUUCUUCCCAGACCCCCAGAAGAACACCACGGAAAUGUCAAAGCUCAGGGACAUGCUAUUGCAGCUGCAGCCGGGGGCCCUGGGCCGUUCAGCCCGCAUGGUGCUUUCUGCUGCAUGCAAGGUGCCUCCAGCCAGUGUGGCAAGCCCAAGGAGCGACCACGCAGCCCCAGGGCCCAGUCAUGUGGAGUGUGCAGAGCCCAGAGCAGAAGACCACCGCCCAGAGAAUGCUGUGAGCAGGAGGAAGAGACGGAAAGGGCAGCGCCGGCGGCCUCUAUCUACCUCUAACUCUCAGCCAAACAGGAGGGGGACAGCAAAGGCAGGACCAAGAGAACAACACCCACCCCAGGCCCAGCACGGUGGUGCCCAGGAGAGUGGACAGUGCCCCCUUUGUGCAGGCUCCUUUAGCACUGAAACUCUUCCCCUGCAUGCGGCCACUUGUGGAGAGACCACCCCCCCUCACCCGGCUUCUCCCUCCUCAUCACCAUCUUCGGAGGCCCCAAAACAAAGGGGUCAAAAACUCAGGGUCCUGCAAUCUCCACGCCUUCACCAGCCACAGCCCAACUGGACCGAGAUCGUGAACAAGAAGCUCAAAUUCCCACCGCCACUCCUGGGUGCCAUCCAGGAGGGGCGGCUGGGUCUUGUGCAGCAGCUGCUGGAGUCGGGGGUGGAGGCCACCGGUGGUGGGCCUGGAGGGCCCCUGCGGAACGUGGAGGAGGCCGAGGACCGCUCCUGGAGGGAAGCCCUCAACCUGGCCAUCCGCCUGGGCCACGAGGCCAUCACUGACGUGCUGCUGGCCAAUGUCAAGUUUGACUUCCGGCAGGUCCAUGAAGCCCUGCUAGUGGCAGUGGACACAAACCAGCCAGCCGUGGUGCGGCGCCUGCUGGCCCGGCUGGAGCGGGAGAAAGGCCGCAAGGUAGACACCCGCUCUUUCUCCCUGGCUUUCUUUGACUCGUCCAUUGAUGGCUCCCGCUUUGCACCCGGGGUCACUCCCCUCACCCUGGCCUGCCAGAAAGACCUGUAUGAGAUCGCGCAGCUGCUCAUGGAGCAGGGCCACACCAUUGCCCGGCCGCACCCCGUCUCCUGCGCCUGCCUGGAGUGCAGCAACGCCCGGCGCUACGACCUGCUGAAGUUCUCCCUGUCGCGCAUCAACACCUACCGGGGCAUCGCCAGCAGGGCCCACCUCUCGCUGGCCAGUGAGGACGCCAUGCUGGCUGCCUUCCAGCUGAGCCGCGAGCUCAGGCGCCUGGCACGCAAGGAGCCCGAGUUUAAGCCUGAGUACAUCACGCUGGAGUCGCUGAGCCAGGACUAUGGCUUUGAGCUGCUGGGCAUGUGCCGGAACCAGAGUGAAGUCACCGCAGUGCUCAACGACCUGGGCGAGGACAGCGAGACGGAGCCUGAGGCCGAGGGCCUGGGCCAGGCCUUUGAGGAGGGCAUCCCCAACCUGGCGAGGCUGCGCCUGGCCGUGAACUACAACCAGAAACGGUUCGUAGCUCACCCCAUCUGCCAGCAAGUCCUGUCCUCGAUCUGGUGUGGGAACCUGGCCGGCUGGCGUGGAAGCACCACCAUCUGGAAGCUCUUCAUCGCCUUCCUCAUCUUCCUCACCAUGCCCUUCCUCUGCCUCGGCUACUGGCUGGCGCCCAAGUCCCGGCUGGGCCACCUGCUCAAGAUCCCAGUGCUGAAGUUCCUGCUGCACUCCGCCUCCUACCUGUGGUUCCUCAUCUUCCUGCUUGGAGAGUCCCUGGUCAUGGAGACGCAGCUGAGCACCUUCCGGGGCCGCAGCCAGAGCGUCUGGGAGACUUCACUGCACAUGGUUUGGGUCACAGGCUUCCUGUGGUUCGAGUGUAAGGAGGUGUGGAUCGAGGGCCUGCGCAGUUACCUCCUGGACUGGUGGAACUUCCUGGAUGUGGUCAUCCUGUCCCUGUACCUGGCGGCCUUUGCCCUGCGCCUCCUGCUGGCUGGCCUCGCCUACAUGCACUGCCGGGACGCCGCGGAUGGGGCUGCCUGCCGCUAUUUCACCACAGCCGAGCGGAGUGAGUGGCGCACGGAGGACCCCCAGUUCUUGGCUGAGGUGCUCUUCGCUGUCACCAGCAUGCUGAGCUUCACCCGCCUGGCCUACAUUCUGCCAGCCCACGAGUCGCUGGGCACUCUGCAGAUCUCCAUCGGCAAGAUGAUCGACGACAUGAUCCGUUUCAACGAAACAUUCCAGUUUCUCUUCUGGACCAUGUUCGGCAUGGAGGAGCACAGUGUGGUGGACAUGCCUCAGUUUCUGGUGCCGGAAUUCGUGGGCCGUGCCCUUUACGGCAUCUUUACUAUCGUCAUGGUGAUUGUGCUGCUCAACAUGCUCAUUGCCAUGAUCACCAAUUCCUUCCAAAAGAUUGAGGACGAUGCUGAUGUGGAGUGGAAAUUUGCUCGCUCCAAGCUCUACCUAUCCUACUUCCGAGAGGGCCUGACGCUACCCGUGCCCUUCAACAUCCUGCCCUCCCCCAAGGCCAUCUUCUACCUUCUCAGGAGAAUUUUCCAGUUCAUUUGCUGUUGCCGCUCCUGCUGCAAAACCAAGAAGCCCGACUAUCCCCCAAUCCCCUCCUUUGCCAAUCCUGGGGCAGGGCCAGGGCCAGGGCCAGAAGGACAGCGUGUCUCCUACCGCCUGCGCGUCAUCAAAGCUCUGGUCCAGCGCUACAUUGAGACUGCCCGGCGCGAGUUCGAGGAGACCCGCCGGAAAGACCUAGGCAACAGACUGACGGAGCUAACCAAGACCGUGUCACGGCUUCAAAGUGAGGUGGCCGGCGUGCGGCGGGCCUUGGCCGACGGAGGUACACCCCGGCCUCCUGACGGUGCCAGCAUCCUCAGCCGUUACAUCACCCGGGUACGCAACAGCUUCCAGAACCUGGGCCCCCCCAUCCCUGAGACCCCGGAGCUGAUGGUGCCAGGGAUGGUGGGGACCCAGCAGCUGUCUUCAGAAAUGGGGCUUCAGGAUGCCGGCGGCACCAGGGCUCCAGCUGCCGGAGAGCCCAGCCCCUCCUCCCCAGCUCACGUGCUGGUGCACAGGGAGCAGGAAGCCGAGGGGCCGGGGGACCUGCCCCAGGAGGAGGAUUUGGGGGCCAAGGAGGGGCCCUGAUGCAUAGAGGGAGGUCACUUAGUAGGCACUUAAGCUGCUUUCCUUGCCUCAAUAAAAUGUCUUUUCUGAA